AUGCAAAUGAUUUGGCGACGACUGAAUGAUAAAAGUAAAAAUUGGCGUCAUGUGUACAAGUCACUUGUUCUACUGGAUUAUUUAACGAAAACAGGCAGCGACAAGGUGGCUACACAAUGUCGGGAAAAUAUUCACUCGAUUGAAACACUCAAAGAUUUUGAAUAUGUUGAAGAUGGUAAAGAUUGUGGUCAAAAUGUUCGUGAGAAAGCACGUCUGCUAAGCGCACUUCUUAGAGAUGAAGAACGUCUGCAUGAAGAACGUACAAAAGCUUUACUAGCUCGUGAUCGUUUAAUGCAUGGUGGACUUGGAAUAACAGCGUCUGCUUCAGCUGGUGGUGAUUCACCGAAUAAAUAUGGAUUUUCAUCUACUGGUCGUAGUAGUUAUCCAAUUGGAUAUCCUGGUUCAAGUUAUUUUGAAAAAUCAACCUUACCUUUACCUUCAAAAUCCCCUGUCCCGCAUGCUUCAACUGAACUGGAAUCGGUUAGGCCACAAUCUGCUGGUGAAGAACAACUUCAUUUGCAACUCGCUUUAGCUAUUAGUAAAGAAGAACACGAUAGAGAGGAACGCCGAAGACGAGCUGAAGAGGCAAAAGAAGAAGCCAAAGUACAAAUGGUGAUAGAACAGAGUCGUCGGGAAGAACAGAAGGAUAAAUCAAGUCGACAUUCAACAUCGAAUAUUCCUUCAGCAUCUAGUGCUUUUGAAUCACCGUCGUAUACUUCUAGUGGUGGAUUGUUCAGCUUAGUCGAUACUUCAUUAUCGGCUGCACCAGCUCAUCUACCAGAUCCAUGGUCAACACCGUUAGUACCUCCAAACAAUCCCCUGAAUAAUACAUCAUCGCCUACUCCGUCUACUUCGUUUACUAAUAAUACAUUGGCUCCGUCAACAUCAUCGACAUUUCCACUUAUACCUAUUGAUGAUCCUUGGAGUCCAAAAAGUCAGCCAAAUGUUCAAGCCUAUCCUACAGCAAGUAAUUCCGAUAGUGUGUGGAAUUUAGAAUCGACUCUAGGUGCUACACUACCGUCCACAUCGAAUAUAAAUAAUGAAUCGAAUCCAUUAAAUCAUCAUAAUCAACAGCAUAACAUAACUACUAACAACACCAACAACACUGUCACUACCACUCCAGCUACCAGCAGCACCACCACCACCAUGGCCAACAACAAUGGUCACUUUGAUUUUGAUUUAAAUGGAAAUGUAGUUAAUGGUAGUGAAAGUUUCCAGCAGCAACAACAACAGCAGCACCAGCAGCAGGCUGUUGCUUCGUCUUCUUCGUCGUCUUCUUCUGCUUCUCAAACCAAUCAGGCCUCUUCAUCAUCAGCCAACGAGUUGCAACAAGACCUGCAACAACAACAACCUGUACGUAAACGAACUCCUGCUGACUUCUUAGGUGAACAUCAAAAACUGGUUGAUCUAGAAAAAUUGGUUGAGAAAAAUCCAGCGUCAACGAAUCCGUUCACAGUUGGCCCAAAAUCUGUAACAGGCGCUGCAUCGAAUCCAUUCAUAGCUAAUCAACCUAUAAAACCAUCAUUGAAUCAGUUGGCACCGUCAUCAGCCGCCGCUUUACCAGGACCAAGUUAUUAUAAUCCUUCGGUGAAUAUUCCUACUGCUGCUGCUAAUAAUCAUAUUAAUAAUCCAAUGUACUAUCCGGUUCGACCUUAUUUCGCCGCCGCUGCCGCUGCAGCUGCAAAUGUACAACCUAAUUAUUUAGUAGCGAUGAAUUCAAAUGCUGCAUGGUCUGUUCUAGAUGGUUCUGGCGGUAAUAUGAUGCAUCAUCAACAACAACAACAAACAAGUAGUUUGAAUCCAUUUUAUUGA